GUAGCUGCAUACAGUUUUGCAUGUAAUGAACGUACGCACGCAGUAUAUUGAAUUAGAAAGCGCGCGCUUGGCAGAAGUACAUAAACAAACGUGCAUAAACGUGCAGAUGCAUGCAUCUUUACCACUGCACCGUACUGUUGUAGAACUAGUGCCAGUGCAGUGGAUGGAUGAACCCGGACUGUGACUGAUGUAAAUGCGACUUCUUUUCUUAAACUCGUAGUUUCGAAAGUUCCAUUCCACUACCAGCAUCAUGACUGCUCAGCUUUUUAUCGGGAGACUGAGCAAGAAUACACGACAGAGAGAUGUCGAGGACAUGUUUGAUUAUUAUGGCAAAAUGUCCAGAUGCGAGCUGAAAUUUGGUUCUGGCAUGGCAUAUGCCUUUGUGGAUUAUGUCGACAAACGUGAUGCAGAGGAUGCGAUCAAGCAUGAGAACGGCAAGGAACUCAAUGGCCAGAGCAUCGUGGUAGAGUGGGCCCGAGGACCAAAGAGGGGUUUCGAGGACGAUGAGUGCUAUCGAUGCGGGCGCAGGGGCCAUUUUGCUCGUGAUUGCCGAGAUGGAGGAGGAGACUACGGGGGUGGCAGGAGACGAGGCGGUGGUGGUGGAUUCGGAAGAGGCGGAGGAGGUGGAAGAUCUUUCGGAUACUCGAGUAGACGUCGUAGCCGUAGCCGAAGUCGAGACCGCGACAGGAGUCGCAGCCGUAGCCCUGACCGUCGAAGACGCUCUCCGUCGCGCUCCCGGAGCAGAAGUCCAAGAAAAUACAGCCGAUCCCCAUUGUCCCCAAGGUCCCCCAGACGAUCAAACGGUCAAGAUCGUACCCAUUCCAGGACCCCGGAUAGAGGCAGAUCACCAUAGUAACGAUCACAAGUAGUGGCAGAUCUAGCUAAGAAAGUGUAUUUUCAUCUGCCUUUCGUUGUUUGAGGAAUUUCUCCUUCUCAUUUUUUGGCCAUAUGAGGCAUUUUGUAUCCUCAUGUAAAAUUGAAACCUUUUCCUUCUAUGUUAUCAAUGCAUUGUGUAACCAGUUUUAUAUUACUGAUUGAUGAUUUGUAGAAGCAAUACUAAUGUUUUUUCUAGAUCUCCCACAACUUCUUUAUUUCGUAGGUCGACAAUUUAGCACCUUAAACUAGGUUAUUGUUCUGAAAUUAGACUUUCAGAGAACAUUUGUUAUGAACAGUACUGUGCGUUUUUUUAUUUUUAUGAUUGAAUGGGACCCAAGUUGAAAGUUCAUCAAUGCUUUAAUUACCAUCUGCUGUUAGAUUUGUCAUUACUUCAAGCAAUUUUGAAUAAAAAUAUAAUGGUUUGUGACUUUAUGAUAUUGUCUAGUAUAUGGAAAACAUUGUAUUAUGAAUAAUUGAAGUUAAAUCUUUGAAAAUGUGAAUUUAUUGUAACAAAUUUUGUAUGAGCUAAAAGAUAAGAGAAUUUAGUUGCCUGAUUGAGUUUGCCAAAUAAAUAAGAGUCAAUCGUAUCACAUAUAUUAAAGAGACAAAUUAUAUUUUACCAAGAAAAAGAAGAUUAUAAUUAUAAAAUCCUUUUAAGCUCUUCAGUUUCGGUACCAAGUGCACAGUUUGCAAAACAUUUUUUCAUCUGUGAUAUUACGGUAUUUCUAGUAAUCAGUGAGAACUGUACUUAGGUUUUGCAAGUUUUUUUUCCCAGAUGAUCCUACAUAUUCAAAUUCUUGUGGUGGGUAUCUUUAGGAUGAAUUAGCUAGAAUUGACAAGUAUUGUUUCAAAGACAACGAAAGGGUACAUGGUAUUGAUGCUGCCAAAAGUUAAGCUUUAGUGUUACUUACAAUUUUUCUUGUUCCUAAUUUCCAUCUCAUUUUAUACUUGGCAGCUUACCCAAAUAUGCUGCAAAAACAAUUUAAGAAUUGUCCUCUUUUUGUGUGUGUCUUUGCUGAUAUUUGAACCGAACUUGGAUUUUCACAAGCUACUAUGGCCCUACAUAUUCAGAUUAAUGUGGUGUGUAAAUAACUUUGCACUGUGGUCCCACAUGUUUAAAUUUUUGUCUUGUUCAUGAAACAAAGUAUUUCCAUUAGGUAUUCACAAAUGUAUGUGUCAGAAUUUAAAUUGUUUGCAUUCAAAGUGGGGAUAUAGAGGAUAAAAGCGAACCAUUCUUGUGUGAAUUGUUGUAAAUAGAUUUGAUAAAUGUACUCAGAUUUGUUGAAGUACCUGUAAGUGUAUUUUGCCAAAUGAGAGGAUUUGUAAAUAUUCCAAAAGUUUUCAUUUUUUUUUGUAUGCGACGAAAGAGUCGCAAAUAGUAUAAGGUCUGUUCAUACUUGUGGGUUAAUCGGUUUGAAAAAAUGCUGCAGCAACUUAAAAACUCAUGUCGUUUAAAAGAAUAGUUUUAACCUAAUGUUAUGAGUUUAAAACAUAGCUUUCUUCAACAGUAUAUUUAUCCAUACAAUAGCAGAUAUAGAGGAAUGAAGUGUAGUAUACUUAAUUUUCCAAGGCAGUUUUGGAGGAAGGGGUUUUGAAACUGACUUUGUAUGAAUGGACAUACACUGUGGUGAUAAUGACAAUAACUUUCUGUUGUUAAAAAAAAACUUUUGUAGAGAUGCUAUAUGAGGUAGGCCUCUUGUUUGUCAAGAAAAAAAUUUCAUGUUGCGUUUAGAUAAAUUAGAUUUUAGAGUAGUAAUAUUAAUUUUGUUUUUUUGCGUUACUUGCAAGGGAAUAAAGUGUUUCUAUUUUUACAUUGCAUGAACAUUAAACAUUUAUUUUCUUUCAAUUUAAA